GCUAAAGCUGGCAAGGGUGAAUUCGACAUGGUUCCAUACAUCACACUUUGUGUCUUGGAUAUUAUAUGUGGUAUGAUAUUUAUUAUUAUUAUAUAUAGUAGAGAGUGAGAUACUAAAAAAUGCACAGUGAGAUAUUUUCCAUAUCUUCACCAGUGAAGAUAUCGAUCACGUGACUUUUUCCAAUUUGCUUUUGAGCGUGAAAUUUCACAUUUUUUUGCUUGGGACUAUAUAAUAAACAGAACAUUACACGGUGCCUUGAAGAUAUGACUUUUAUCUUCUCGUAUUAAAAACAAUAUUUUACCCACUCACUGCGCUCGUUCGUAAAAUAUUGUUUUCACCCCUCGAAUAUAGAAGUAAUAUCUUCGCGCCGCCGUGUAAUAUCCUCCACUUAUAUCAUUCUGUCAUUUAUAUAAAGCGCCAUUUCCCAUAGCUCAAUAUAGCGCUUAACAUUAAGUGUCAAAAAUAUAUACAAAGUAUUAGAACAAAUUAGCUUUAUGUCAUGCAUGUUGACAAUAUUAGAACAAUAACCAUAAAAUACUAUAAAAUUACUAAUAGACAUGUAGUGUUGUGAAAGUAAUAGCUUAGUCAUAAUACUGUUUAAAAAAUCUUUAAUUUAAUCUUGUUUUAAAAAUGGCAACGAUUCACUCUUUCUAAUAUACUCUGGCAGUUCGUUCCACAGUUUCGGUGCAGCAUAAUAUGAGAACGAUCGUUCACCAUAGUUCACUAGUCUUGCUGCAUGAGUGUAUGGUAAGGAAUCCUUUGGAUGAAGAGCGUAAAUUUACUGAUGGUGUGAAAGGUUUUUAGCAUAUUAUUAAUGUAAAUAAUGUGGAGCUAAACCAUUCAGAGAUUUAUACGUAAUAAGAACAAUUUUAUAAAUAAUGCGUUGACUGAUGGGUAGCCAAUGUACUGUAAUUGUUUCAUUAAUGGGGUAAUAUGAUCAUAAAUUAUUUUUGCUCCCUGUCACCAGACGAGCGGCACAGUUUUGCACAUUCUGUAACCAUUGAAUAAGAAAUUUAGGCAAUCCAAAUAAUAAAGGAUUACAAUUAUCCAGUUUCGAUCUAAUAAAGGCAUGAACUGAUGUUUGGAUAUCUGACGUUGAUAAAUACUCUUUCAUUCUUGCUAUUUUUCUCAAAUGGAAAAAUGGUUUUUGCAAAUACCGAUAACAUGUUUAUAUAGACAUGUCGGUUGAUCGAAAGUUACACCAAUGUUAUACUGUACAUGCUGAAGUACUUGGUCGACUUCUUGAAUUAGAUACUUCUAUAUAUUCUAUAGCAGGCCAUAUAAACGAUUUCGUGUAUUGACUACCAGUAACUCAGUCGUCUUGUCCCCAUUCAAUUUCAAUUUAUUUUUGACCAUCCACAAAUCAAUCUCUUUCACACACAUUUCAAUUUGUACCAGUGCUCCCAAAUUUUCCUCAGUGGUUGUCUCAAAAGCGAGAUAUAAUUGUGAGCCAUCUGCGUAAAAGUGAAAGUCAAGACCGUGAUCUCUGAUGAUACCACCAAGGGGUGAUUAAGUGUAUAGUAAAUAUAGUUCUCUCGCUAAUGCGUGCAAUAGCAGAUACAAUAGUUGUCAGUCGCGAAUUUAUGGAAUUGUUUCAGAACACAUGAUAGUUCGUUAUUGCCAUAUAGAAUUAUUUGGAACGUAAAAAUUAGAAUUAAUAAGAGAUCUUACUCACGUUCAAUGGUAGGUUUUGGUAUUUAUUCAUUUCCGUGUCCUGCAGGUUACACGUGGUCCGUUGUCCUGCACGCGACAUAGUUGGCUGGCAAAACUGGCAAAAAAAUACUUCUAAGAACUUCCACGCAUGGCAUUUUUUGUUAGAAGCUGGCAACCGCAACACAUUAAUUUGAUUACGCUUGGGCCUGUUUUACACGUCGAAUUUCGGUCGCGUCGAAUGCAAUUCAAACAAUAGAUAAUGAAGCUUAAUGACGUUUAUCGUCUCAUAUCUAUUGUCUUAAUUGCAUUCGACGCGACCGAAAUUCGACGUGUAAAACAGGCCCAAGCGUAAUCAAAUUAAUGUGUUGCGGUUGCCAGCUUCUAACAAAAAAUGCCAUGCGUGGAAGUUCUUACAAGUAUUUUUUUGGCCAGUUUUGCCAGCCAACUAUGUAGCGUGCAGGACAACGGACCACGUGUAACCUGCAGGACACGGAAAUGAAUAAAUACCAAAACACACCAUCAGUAAAUUUACGCUCUUCAUCCAAAGGAUUCCUUACCAUACACUCAUGCAGUAAGACUAGUGAACUAUGGUGAACGAUCGUUCUCAUAUUAUGCUGUACCGAAACUGUGGAACGAACUGCCAGAGUAUAUCAGAAAGAGUGAAUCGUUGCCAUUUUUAAAACAAGAUUAAAUUAAAGAUUUUUUAAACAGUAUUAUGACUAAGCUAUUACAUUCACAACACUGCAUGUCUAUUAGUAUAUAAAACAGGCCUUAGUUUUAAAGGUUUGGUUGUUGCCGCGCAAAAAUUGGACUCAGUUGUAAAAUGUUACUGGUUUUUAGACAGUUUAGAACCCGCAUUUGCAGGUUGGAAAUCUACAACUUUUCGAACAUCGUGAAAAAUAAACGGUUCUGAUUGGCUAUCAUUAAUUACCUGCGUUCUCUUAUUGGUCAAACAAAACCAACCUGCUUUCAAGCAGCAUGUAUAAACAAAGAUUAUCGCCCGCACAGAUGCGCAGCAUUUGAAAGGACUGCUUGAAAGGACUUGUUUUGUUUAGCCAAAAGGAGAACGCAAGUAAUGAAUGAUAACCAUUCACAACUGUUUAUUUGUCUUGAUAUUCGAAAAUACCAGCAAAUCAUGCGGGAAAUAGUAAUGUCUAAAAACACUAAUAUUUUAAUACAUUGAGCGCAUUAUGUUAUAUAGAACGUGUUUGUUCGCAUUUCACUGUAAGUUUAUUUGGAUUAACUGAAAAAGAUUUCUUGCAGCAAUACUUUGAUUUUCUGUAUUGCCACAACUAGAUUUCUAGAAUGUAAACAAUUAAUUGAUAUCUAAUAAUUAGUAAAACACUGAACAGAACAAAAUAAUAACAUUGGUGGCACAACCUGUAUCUAUGAGAAUAUUAUAGGAUGAAAAAAAGCAAUUUUAGCAAAAUACUUACAAUGAUCGUUGGGCCACAAUAUCACUCAAAAACCAAACAUAUUUAUGUCAUGCAUAUUUCAUUCAUAUUACGUAAUUUGAUCAUUCUUUAUGAACAUUUAGCAGAUAUUUAUCAUUCAGACUUAACUAAAUUCGAAACAUUAAUAUAUUCUUUUCACCUUAUUUUUUCAGAGACCUCUAUGGGUGUUGAUAUCAAAGCUCAAUUCGGGAGUAAUCCAGAAUAUACUAAAGCCGUAUUCAGGUAUUGUGCGAUGUACUUUUUCCACAUUAAAAUCAUUUUAAUAUAAUAAGAUACAUGAAAACAUUACUCAAUUCUGAUUGGCUGUAAGAGUAACGCAAUUCUUAAUGAAAGUUUCUCUUUCAUGACAGUUAAAAAUUAAAUUGUUGCCUCAUUCAAAUGUCUGAGUAAACUAUAUACUUUGCAUUGACGGUGGAUUUGCUUCUGCGUAAUUUUCUGUAUAUUACUAAGAACUAUUACGUAAUAUACUAAUAUACACUUUACGAAAUCUAUUUUCCUAACAAAAUAGUGCAUAAACAUAACAAUUAUUACCGAAAAGUGCAUGAGCAUCAUCUUACAAGAUAUAAAACACUUGCUUGUUUUCUCCACAAUGUUUCCACAUCUCAUUUCAAUGUCAGAUUUGCUUUCAUACUAUAAUCAUAUACCCUCUAACUUCUCUUCCAUUGUUUUGUUGCUAUAGCAUGUGUGAACUUAUGCCAGAACGUUCAAAAUCUCCAUGGCUCUGGCCAGAUAUAAUUUUUGACAUGACGUCUUCGGGAAGAAAGCAUAAAAAAGCUCUGGAUAUUCUCCAUGGUUUUACAAACAAGGUACGUUUUAGGGCGAAGCAUUUUAAAAUCCUUUGUCACAAAAUAUAAGCAGGGACGUUCUUAGACGCGUUAAUUGGGGGGGGUAUUUGUAUACUCAUGUUUACAUACCUUGGAAACAAUCGCAUUCAAAAGAAAUCCGUCGGGCAGAACAGAAUAUAUGAAUAUACUGUACACCCCGAUGGGAGAAGGAGUCCGUACUGUAUAAGAAUAAUAGAAGAGGGAGACUGUACAUGUAUAAGAAUAAAUUAUUGACAAUUAAAAAAACCCCACAUAAAUUCAAUAACAAAUAAGUAAUCCCCGAGUCAUGUGUGUGACACCAAACACAAGAUUGCGUGGGAAAAUUCCAAGGAAAUUACCACAAACAAUAACUAUGGCCAAAGACGAUGCCUAGAAGCGUGGCAUAUAAAUUUGAGUAAGCAUGCUUUGGUUAGGGGGAGAUACAUGCAUCUUAUUGGCAGAUGACGUCAUCCCUUGGGUAUUUAAGAAGCCACUUUGCAACUUUGGAUCACCCCUGAUGAAGACACUAACAAUUCGAGUGGGCUUUGUAUUAAUUUAUAUAAACCAGAGUAGCGAGGGAAAACAUGAAACAUAUAUUUGGAAAUCCACGUUUUCGCACAAUGAGCUUUGACGCGAUUUUUGUUUGAAGAAAUGAGAAGUAUUGAUUUACUAGGGGAAAUUAUGAAAUAUAGGGGUUUUGCUUUCCAUAUUUAAUGUUUAUGAAUUUUGUUGCUUGAAUUUCUUGCGUAAAACAUGUAGCUUUCCUUUUCCUUCUCAAUGAAGCUGUAAGUUUCGUAAAUUUAAAGGAGAACAAAUUAAUUUGAACACCUAACUGAAAUCACUCAACAAUUUGAACUUAUUUUGUUUUAUUAAGUAAAACUAGUUUAUCGGAAAAAGCAGUUUAGUUGAAUAAACAUUUCAAAACAUUUUACGAAGCGUUUCUGAUGAAAUUUUACAUUAAACCAAAUACAAUCAAAGCACAAAAUAACAUACCUACAGUACAUAUUUCAGAAAUUCGUUGUAUAUAGUAGUCUUUUUAAACUAUUUUGCCGUUACAAAAAUAUUAAAAAAAUUUUAAAAUAUUGUGUUGUCAUGGCAACACAUGACGCCUCAACGCGAGCCUGCGUUCAGUGUUGGCCAUUUAUGAACACUUCAUGUUAAAUAAAUGUUUGGAAAAUAUAGGCGAGGGGUUACUGCAUGCAUGUAUUUCUAGUAAAUUAAAGUGCCUAUAUCACUUGUGGGACCUUUAUGGAUUUGAAAAGAGCGUAAAAAGUUAGUUAAUAAGUUCAGAAGAUUUUUUUGAUUUAGUGCAAUAAUUUCGAAGAUACAGCCUCUAAACUACCUGCAGUUCCUGAGUCCCACAUGCAAUCCUGGACAAAAGUGUUGGGACACUCAACCUUUUCUACCCUCGAAUUCUAAAGACAACGCCCCCCUCCCCUCCCCUACCCCAAUUCAAUGUUGAAAGUUCUUACAAUUUUAGUUAAGGAUGCCCCCAAAAUCAACAUUGAAUGGGGGAGGUGGGUUCGGUUUAAAAGCAUAUUUUGCGUUAAAUAGGCUUUCUUUGAAGAGAACAAUAAAAACAUGCGAAAAUUUUGGGUUGUCCCAAGGACUUUUGUCCUCGAUCAAUCCUGGACAAAAGUGUUGGGACACUCAACCUUUUCUACCCUUGAAUUCUACAGACAACGCCCCCCUCCCCCACCCCAAUUCAAUGUUGAAAAUUCUUACAAUUUUAGUUAAGGAUGCCCCCCAAAUCAACACUGAAUUGCGGAGGGGAGGGGGGUUCGGUUUGAAUGGGGGAGGGAAGGGGAUGUUCGGUUUAAAAGCAUAUUUUGCGUUAAAUCGGCUUUCUCUGAAGAGAACAGUAAAAACAUGCGAAAAUUUUGGGUUGUCCCAAGGUCUUUUGUCCAGGAUUGCAGGCUCCUAUGCACAAUGGACAGUUUGGAAAAAGGCCAAAUUCAAUAGCCGUGUUUAGAGCCCAGGAGGCUGGGAUUCAGGAACAGUCCGUUGUUUAAAAGCCUACAUACUCAAAACUAUUGCACUGAAUCAAAAAAUCUUUUGAACGUAUUAACUAACUUUUUACGUUCUUUUCAAAUCCAUAAAGGUCCCACAAGUGAUAUAGGCACUUUAAGUGAUAAAUGUAAGGUUUCGGUGUUACGCAUUUUUAAAGACAUAAUUUGAUGGAGUCGGUCUAACAUCAGCGGAAUUAAAUUCCAUAACAGCUUAGUCCUGUAUUUCAGGGUUUUUUUUAGAAAUUCUCUCUUCGGUAUUUGGAAUCAAAGAUUUAUUUUAUUAUUUCUGAGAGGAGAUAAUGUGCUGUUUGCAUAUUCGGAACAAAAAUUUGUUUCAAAUUGGGAGUGGUGUGGUUAUUAAGAAUUUUAUAAAGAAAGAUACAGAUUUGUGCAAGUCUCGUUUAACAUUAAGAGGUCUCCAGGACCUCUGCAGAUCUGAUUUCACAAUUCGCUCUGGCUACAGUAUUAUUCUUGCUGCACGGUUCUGGAAACUCUGGAACUUAUCUUGUAAUAAUUUGUCGCAGUUUCCCCACCAGGGAUAGCAAUAGCCAAAAUAAAACCGAAUUAGAUCUCUGUAUACUGUUCGCAAAGUUAAUAUAUUUAUAGCUGAUCAAUAAUUGUCAUUCAGAAACGUAAGAAUUAAUUCAACACACUGUAUGUUAUUAUAACGGGAGGUAAAUCCAAACAUUGUAUUUUUAUUGAAGGUAAUCAAUGACCGUAUUGAACAACGGAAAGAGUAUCAAGAUACAAACGGAGCUGCUUCAGAUGUCACGGCGAUAUAUUCAUCCAGUAAUCGUCGUAUUCGAGCAUUCUUAGAUCUCUUGCUGGAAGAAUAUGAUCAAGGAAAUAUAACGAAGGAAGGAGUGAGGGAGGAGGUCGACACUUUCAUGUUUGAGGUAUAGGGACUUUAAUUUCCAUGAAAUUAUCCACAUUCUCUUGUCUUGGCAAAAUAAAGAUCACAUUUAUGAAUUAAUUUAUUAUUCAUAUCCUUCCAACCGCUUACUAUUUACAAUUAUAGCCUUUUAAGGCCGGUUUAUACUUGCAAUUUUUGCUGCGAUUUUAGGUGCGAUUUUCCUGGACGUGUAGAUGAGUUAUGAAUGUUCACAUGGGCGUAUACAUAUACUCAGCUGCAGAACAUUGAUAACUGAAUUAUUUACUCGUUCACAUCAUCAGAAGAAGAAAAUCACACUAGAAAUCGCUGCAUUUUAAACCUACAGUUUUAUCUUCCUAGCACCCUUUAUCUCGUAACGACUUACAUCCAAUGCAGAAAAAUGGAUUUUACAUUAAAUCGAAGCUAAUUCAAUACUAAAUAACUACGAUAAAACGACAUUAUUGAUUUUGACAAUCAAUCAAUGAUUCUGUACAGUUUGCGUUUGGUAAGAAAAUAUGUGAUUUUCUUAUUACUAUGGUAACCACUGUGUUUGUAGCUGAUGAAAUACUGCAUGUUGAAACAAUUAUAGGCGUCAAAGCGAUAAAAAAGGGCGAUUGAUUGCUGCAUGCAUGUAAUUCUACAGUAGUUAUAGCUGAGUUUAUUUUAUUAAAGGACAAUGGCAACAAAAUUUUUUGUUGUCCAUAUUAAAAGUGUUGCUUCAUCUAACUAUAAAUAUGAUAUCAAUACCGUGUCAAACAUUUUUGUUCAGAAGUUAUAUGCAUGUUAUUUCACUGUUAAUUUAUAUAUCGUCGGCCAUAUAUCUUGGCUCGUAUUUGCGAAAAAUUAUCUUUUGGGUAAUAUGACCCGUAUGACGUAGAUGGCAGGGUAGAAUCAAAACAACAAUAUAUUUUUGUAUAGCGUGUAUCGAGAUUUAAUACGUUUUCUCAAAAAAUUAAUCUUUUGAGUCAUUUUAAUGGAAAAUAUUCACGAGAACCAAGUAGGAGAAGUGUUAUCAUACCAAUAUGAACCAGAAGUAGGAGAAAAACAAGGAAUAUUUUAAUUUUGGGAUAGGUAUAAAUAUAGGACCUCUACAUGCGUCUUGGACCUUUGGUUUGUGGUUUACUUAUAAUCAUUUAUUUAAUGGAUUUCUUUUAUUUUCAACGGUGUAUUGAAUGUAGACCAUGCCGUUAAAUAUUGUAUAUUAGGUGCACGCGUAUAAUGCGUGCUGCGUGCGCUGUUUUGUGUCUUUUUAUGUCAAUCCAUUGUAGUAUACCGCAAUUGAAGCUAGUAUGUACUGUAAGUAAAGUUAUUACUUGGCAACGCUUCCCUUUUCAAUUGUAUUCUGAACGUUUCAUUGCACUGUAUUCGUUUUAAAAACUUUGGCGACUGUCCUUGUUCAUACGCGUCUUCGGCAAAAUGAAGUGAGCAUAUAUUCUAGUCACAUCGUAUUCAAUCCACGCUUUUCUCCUACAUUGCUGAUCUACCGAUUUGCCCUUUGGAAAAUUGAAGAAACAGAUUUCACUUGUGUGUUGGCUGUCACUAUUACAACCGUAGACGGCAAUACAUGUUUUGCAGCGUGUUUUUUUCAUGAACAAUCUAGAUCUUUUUGUUAUUCAAGCCGUACAGUUCGUACUCAGAGCUGACUAUAUAUAAUAUUUGCAAUUUCGGUGAUAUAUAUACACGUGAAUUUAAGGUAUUUUACAUAACAAUGGAAAUAUUGAUAAUAUUGGGAACUAUAUACUACAGUAUACAUGCAUAGAUUUACCUAUAUAAAAUGAGAACCAAGUAAAACUACAUGUAAAAAUACAUCACAACAUAUAACCAGAUUAUAGUUAUUUUACACUUAUCUCUUGUCUGGGAAAAUCCCAUGCUUACCUUGAAUGUCAAUUUACUAAUUUGCGCAAUGUCUAACUUGCGCGACACUACACAUUACAGAAAAGGCAAAUCUUGUUUGUGAGAUAACAGCUAUUUCACUAGCAUAGCAAUGUCGUUUGAAAGCCUGCUUAGUUUUAAAAACCAUUAAGAGUUGUGAAAUCUGAAGCUAGAAUUAUCCACUAGAACAUUGUUGCAGUUCCGCCAGUUGGUUGAAUUAUUUUUGUAUUAAUAAUAAUAACAACACUUUGAAACACUAAAUACUCAGUAGAAUCUUUUAUUUCAAUGCAAAUUAUUUCUAUAUUUCUGCAACAGAGCAUGCACAUACAUAAAUGUAUAUGCUAUACAUAUAUACAUACAUUUGGAAUAUAUAAUAUAUACAUACAUUUGGAACAGCAGAACUACCAUAACCGGAGUCAAUGUCUAAGCGCAUUUUACAACGCAAAUAUACGUUUACUGUCGAAAACACAGUCACAUACCAUUGGUAGUAAGCUGCUACACAUUAUUGAACUAUGAAUGCACAUUGCAACGUAUCUGUAUUUUUUUUGUAAACAUUUUCUUCCAAAUCUCAACGUUGUUACAGUAUAACUUAUACUGUGGGAUUUGCGUUUACCCUGCCAUCUACGUCACGAAAUGUAUUCAUGCAUAAAUUAGCACACGCGGAAUUUUCCCAAGAUGGUGGACGACUGUUAAAAUGUGUUAAACAUUUUCGCAAAUUAUCUGAACAACUAAAUGCAAUGGACAAACAAAAAUAUGAAAUUAAGUAUUCCAUUAGUAAGCGUAAUAAAUACAGACAAUAAAAAAAUUUGUUGCCAUUGUCCUUUAAGUCCCUGAAUAUCGCCAAUACUGUAUAAUAUUGAUAAUCACAUCACGGCACAAAUUUACGCUUCCAGGGUCACGAUACAACAGCAGCAUUAUUACAAUGGGUUAUACAUCUUGUUGGCCACCACCCUGACGUCCAAUCUCGGUUACAAAAGGAAGUGGACAAUUUUUUUGGUAAGUAAAGUUGAAGGUCAAAUCAAAUUGGAAACCUAUUCAAAAUUAGCUUUUUGUCAUCGAACAUAGUGAACUAAAGAACGAUACUAUAACGGAUUAUCUAUUUGAAUCUUCUGACCACACCAUGAGGAUGAACAUUCCCACAAUUGAAUCCCAAAGAAAGCUUCGAAAAAACGCAACAACCAAUUUCUUUUCUACUACCAGAAGUAAUUUAAUUAAUAUACCUUUAGAAGUUACGCACUUAUCCGCGAGCCAAGGGUCGCGUGCUAACGUCAGCAAAGAAUUUGUGCCUAGCCUACUUUUAUCAAACGUCAUGUCUUUAGUACCCAAAGUUGACGAAGUUCGUUUGUGUGUUUCUAAACAUAAUCCGGAUCUUGUUUUCAUCACAGAAACAUGGCUCAAAGAAUCUAUUGGAGAUAAUCAUGUUGAUCUACCGGGUUACAACAUCAAAAGACGAGACCGUAGCCCAGCCCAACACGGAGGCGUAUGUUUUUUCUCUAAGGAGUGUAUUAAGUUCUCUCUAACGAGUGUAUUACUUAUUUCUCUAAGGAGUGAUCAAUUUGAAAGUCUUAACCUUGAAGUUCUCUGGACGCAAAUAAGACCCCCCAGACUCCCAAGAGGAAUUCCAUAUAUUGUAGCUGCUACAGUAUACCACCCCCCAUGUGCUAACGAUAAUGAUAUGUUGGAAUAUUUAUCAAAAUCGUUAACAGACAUCGAGGGUCUCUUCCCCGGAUGUGGUAUUAUCAUCGCUGGUGACUUCAACCAUUUAAAUAUCUAGAAUUUGUCUCGCCAAUUUCAAAUUAAACAACUAGUGCAUCUGCCUACUCGAGGCACGAACACGCUGGAUCUAGUCUUAACAAACCUGCAUUCUUUCUAUGAACCUAACUCCGCCACAUCCCACCCACCUUUUGGCCUUUCUGACCACUGUGUCAUAACAUUAUACCCAAAGCAGAGAGAAUCCAUUUCUACCGCCAAGAAGGUAAUUUAUAAAGGAGACACUCGACCCGCACGAAAACAAAUGCUUGGCAAUUUCCUAAACCAAAUCGACUGGCACCUCUUAGAUCGGCUCACGAGUUGUAGUGAAAAAAACGACCUGUUAACAGGAAUCAUCUCCACAGGCUUAAAUUACAUCAUGCCUGAACAAAAGUCAUCUUCCACUGUAACGACCCACCAUGGAUCACUGAAGAUUUCAAACGCGUGAUUAAACAUCGACAACGUGCCUUUUCCUCUGGAAACACUAUCGCUUUCAAGUUUUACCGGAAUAAAGCAAAUAAAAUGAGGAAAUCCUGUCGUGCUAAUAUUACUCCUCCAAAGUUGAACAUCUGAAACAAUUGAAACCAAAAGAUUGGUGGCGAGAGGCGAAACGCCUCUGUGGCAUGACUCCAGUUUCUAAUUCCCCAGCCUUCAUUUCCCAGCUCCAAUUAGAAAAUACAGACCAUCUAGAUCUAUCACCACUUGAUCUAGCAAAUCUAAUCAAUAACACCUUCCUCGAGCCUAUGAAAAACUUCUCUGCCCUCAGCGAUACGACCACGGAAACCCUUUCACAGUCUGAUCACUUUCCAACCAACGCAUUAACUACAGCAGAGUUAAUAAAUCAUAAGCUUAAUGUUCUUAAUCGUUCCAAAGCACCUGGCCCGGAUGGGAUUCCAAAUUGGAUCCUGAAAGAAUUUGCAGAAGCUUUAUCAAAUCCUAUCUCCAUCAUUACCAACUCUUCCUACUUGGAACAAAAAUUGCCAAACUCUUGGAAACAAGCUAACAUUAUACCCAUCCCGAAAAAUAAACCAAUCCGUGAUAUACAAGAAUCUUCGACCUAUUUCAUUAACUCUAGCCUUAUCUAAGUUGGCCGAAGACAUAGUUAUUCAAAAAUACGUCUCUCAUGCAGUUUUGGAGGUGGUCAAUCAGGAUCAAUUUGGGGGUAUUCCAAAAUCAUCAGCAACUUUCGCCCUCAUCAGUAUUAUUCAUAUAUGUGCUCAAGCGACCGACGGAACUGGCGCUUCCGUUCGUCUCCUCUUGUUUGAUUACCGCAAAGCCUUUGACUUGAUUGAUCACAACAUCCUGGUUCACAAAAUCCGGAAGCUCUCAAUUCCUCUACCUAUUAUUAAUUGGAUUAUCGACUUUCUUACAUCUAGGGAACAACGAGUUAAACUCGCCAGGGAUUGUUUCUCCAAAUGGGGAAAAGUUCCUUCUGGAGUUCCGCAAGGGACAAAACUAGGCCCAUAGCUCUUUAUACUCAUGAUAAACGAUCUGAAUUUAACUGAUUUCCAAAUGUGGAAAUAUAUUGACGAUACUACUGCUGCUGAAGUAAUAUCAAAAGACAAUCACAGUACUAUUCAAACAGGAGUAAACCAGUUGGAAGACUGGACUGUGCAGAAUAAACUCCAACUUCAAGUUCCAAAAUGUAAAGAACUACUGUUUCAGUUUACGACAGUUAGAAACCCUUUUCCCAAUGUUGUCCUAAGUUCUGGAAUUCUCGAACUAGUUGGUCAUGCUAAACUUUUGGGACUGACAAUCAGUAACGACUUGAAAUGGUCCAAACACGUUGCCGAAAUGAUCAAGAAGGUCAACAAACGAAAAUACUUCAUUAUGCAGCUUAAACGCGCAAAAGUGCCCGCCAAAGAUAUAAUUAACUUUUGCUGCACAUGUGUAAGGCCUGUACUCGAGUACAGCUGCGAAGUUUUCCAUUUUGCCCUGCCUACCUAUCUUAAUGACGCCAUUGAGCAAGUCCAAAGAAGAGUCACCUCAAUAAUUUUCCCAGGCUUGCCAUAUCCCGAGCGUUUGCAAAAAUGCAACCUUAUUCCCCUCAGUGAUCGGCGAUACAAGGCCUGCUCAAAACUAUUCAAUUUACUCAUCAACAAUCCACAUCAUAAAUUAUCAUCCCUUCUGCCAGAACGUUACUCUGCGAACUACGAUUUCAGAAGAACUCGAGAGUUUCAUCUUCCAAAGAUAAAAACAGAUAGAUUUUUAAAAACUUUUUUACCGGCGUGCAUCAAAGAAUUUUCUUAGAGAGUCAAUUUUAUAUAACCUUUCAACAUAAAUUUUCAUAAAUCUAUUUAUAAAUACGUAUAGUAUAUAUUUUUUUAACUUUAUAUGAAUUAAAAUGUUCCUGUAAAUUAUAGCUCUAUAGAACUUAACCUCUUUUGUAAAAUAACACGCAAUUCAGUCAUUGUAGACUGCAAUGUGUUUCUUCUAUCUAUCAAAUGCGAUCACAUGUAAUUUGAUUUUGUCCGCGUGUCGAUUUGUUAGUGUAGGUAAUAGCAUGGUUUCGAGUGCAAUUUGGAUAUAACAUGCACGAGUGAGUUUUUCAAAUCAGUGGCGUGCUGGGUACUCUUUUUCAGGGGGGGCCAGUUGGCUGUCAACCAAUCUGCGCCCCUAUAAUGUUACGCUUGAUAAACGAGGGCCGAAGGCACGAGCCGAGCGCCGCAGGUGCGAGGUUUGUCUAGGGGGGUCCGGGGGCAUGCCCCCAGGAAAAUUUUUGAAUUUAGAGUCUCUGAAAUGCCAUUUCUUGGACUUUGGAGGAAGAUUUGGCAGAAAUCUGAUGGUCAGGAAACGGCAUUAUAACGUGUCGAAAUUUGCAAUUUGGUUAGAAUUUAGUAGUAGUACUUAAAUUGGGCAAUGCAACUACUUCCAGCUAUUAAUCUGACCCCAAUUCUAUUCUCUACUGAUCUAGUGAUCUGAAUACAUUUACAACUUACAUCUCUUUUAUAUAACAACACACGGACCCCACGCAUUUUAAGGUUUCUUUGCCUGGCUGCCAAAAGGGCGCGUUUCAGCAUUAUUUCAUUACUUACAUUACUCAUGAUGUUUCUUGCGCAAACCACUAAAUUGCGUACACAACUUUACAUUAUCAUAACUUCAAUUAUCUAAUUUGCGCCGCUCUCGUGGUUCGUGAAGCAAAUAAAGGGCGUAAUAUAAGGGCAUAAUGCCAGGAAAAAAGAGCAUAAUUCCCGUGAUCGCUUCGAAACCUGACCAAUAUUCCGGUAAUGAGACAUUGCGUGUGAUCACUGAUCAUGUUUCGAUAUGAACGAUUUCGUGUGAGCCGUGAGGUAGCAAAUUAUAGCAAAUACGGUUAGACAAAAUAGUCUAUAAUUUAAUAUAUCACUUUGUCGCCUAUAUUCUUAGUCUGUUUAUAAGCCUAUAAACACAUCUCUUCAGUUUCCUGGCGGAAGUAACUAUAUUCUUUCGAAUUUCGCGUUUUUUUCCACCCACUUUCAAAAUUCAGGGCUGGAUCGGCGCCCCCUUUUCAUUUUUGCGCCCCCCAAUAAUUGCCAGCUGGGGGGGUCGUGGCCCCCCGGCCCCCCCUGCCAGCACGCCACUGUUUCAAAUGCAUGUUUAUCCAAAUUUUCGAGUGCAUGUUUAUCCAAAUUUCACGAGAAACUUAUUACUAUUACAAAGACUUAUUAAUAAUUUACAUAAAAUGUUCGAGACACUUGUAGUUUUAACUUACGCGUUUAUAGCGAACCUUCAACUGGCAAAGUUUUCCUGGCUUUGUUAUAUCACAUUAUACAACGCUAACAGCUUGAAAAUUCCAUUCAACUAUGUAAUUUUUGUUGGUCUUGUUUAAAGUAAAUGCUUUUCCAUUUAAAAGUACAGAUAAAGCCAUAUUUACCACGCGAAAGGGAACUUUUACUUUGUGUAGCGCGGCGCCAUGUUUGUUUUGUUUUGUUUUGAAGCAAUCUGUGACCGUUACUUCUUUAAACUAAAUUGCUUUAAACUGAUUGGUUGAUUUAAUCAUCACAAUGUUUUUCUACCAAUCAGAUCAGUUUGUUACAGAUUGCACUGUGAUUACAGAAAAUUGCACUGUGAUUACAGAAAAUUGCACUGUGAUUACAGAAAAUUGCACUGUGAUUACAGAAAAUUGCACUGCUGUUUGGGAUUAACUGCACUGAAAUCAACCAAUCACAGUCGAGUAAUAUCUUUAUGUAUAUUAUUAGUGUUUUAAUACUAACUUAUGUUACCAUACUACCGAAAAAGUACAAACAACAAAGCUUUAAUUAUAUCCUAAAAUGAAAAUAAGGCAGGCCGAUGUUAGUUAAGGCCAAUUGACCAGAUUUUGAUUCAAUUUUACGAAUAUGGAUGAGCAACGAUCCGAGGGCAUUGUGUAAGCAAUGAAAUAUCUGAUUAAUAUAGAUUGAAAUAUCUGAAUAAGAUAGUACUAUUCUUAAAAGACUAUCGUUUUUUAUUAACAGAAUCUGUACCGGUCGAUGGAAAUAUAAAGCCAGAUCAACUCAAGGAUUUAAAUUUUCUCGAAUGUGUGGUGAAGGUAUGUUUCAUUCCCAAUUAAGGCGUAAGUCCGUAGGCAGGGUAAUAAAUUACGCCCAGGUAAUUACACCUGGGUUAACGGAAGGGAGCUAAAAGCGAGUAAAAGGGUCUAAAAUUCGUCGAUUACCGCGGGCGUGUGGCUAUGUUAUCAUUGGCGGACCUUCUACUGACCUAAAAAAUAUGGCGGAAUUAGGCGAUAGGGCGGAUAGUGAGGAGUGGAAUGAGGCGAUAGGGCAGAUAGUGAGGAGUGGAAUGUGGCGAUAGGACGGAUAGUGAGGAGUGGAAUGAGGCGAUAGGGCAGAUAGUGAGGAGUGGAAUGUAGCGAUCGGGCGGAUAGUGAGGAGUGGAAUGAGGCAAUAGGGCAGAUAGUGAGGAGUGGAAUGUGGCGAUCGGGCGGAUAGUGAGGAGUGGAAUGAGGCAAUAGGGCAGAUAGUGAGGAGUGGAAUGUGGCGAUCGGGCGGAUAGUGAGGAGUGGAAUGAGGCAAUAGGGCGGAUAGUGAGGAGUGGAAUGAGGCGAUUGGCUUACUUGAUAUGAGGUGCGCAACCUCCGUUACCUCCACGAUUGUUUAAAAAAUAUAUGAUUCCCACAAAUAAUGAAAUUUCACAUCAUGAAUGUCUCUUGGUCGAAGCAAGGAAAGAGUUCGAUAAAUUUGUGGUUUUUGAUCAAGAUCUUGUCUGUCUUACUCUUUCAACACAGUCUUAAUUGCAAUAUAAAAUACGCCAAUAAUACGCCUCAUUAAUUAAAUAUAUAAUUCACUUUGUGUAAGGCUUAUUUUAUUGUUCAUGUUCUUCAUAUAACAUCUACGUAGUGUCCCCAGAAAGCGCGGUGCUUCGAUCCACAGCAUAUUUACUGCAUCACAGCUCGCGGAAUGCGCACGUAAUUCCAUUCAGUUUUCGUAUUCAUUAGAUUAUCUUUUGGUAUCUUGUUUAUUUUCACGCUUUCUGUUAUAUAUCUCAAUAUAGCAUCGUUCCGAAAUGUUCCUGUAACUUGCAUUCGAACGUCCUAAUGGAAUUUCAUUAUUUACUUUUCGGAGUCCUGAAAUAUCGAGUGUUGAGAUUUAACUUUAAUGUUGAAAAGUGUGCUUGGUUUAUUGGAAUUAUUUUCUAUUUACAGGAAGCCCUACGAUUGUUUCCAUCAGUGCCACUACUGGGUCGUGAAUUGACAGAGGAAUGUAAAUUUGGUAAGAAAAUUUGCAUGUGGUGAUAGAAGGCUGUCGCUUUUCCUCACACAUUAUGUUUUCAAACGAUCUAUUAAAUUUAGGAAGAAAUUUCAGAAAGAAAAUUCAAAAGAACUGGGGCCGGUUGUUCAAAAACCGAUUAACCUAACCCUAGUUUAACGGGCUAAAAUAAACUUGGAAAUAUUUCUUUAGAAGUCUUGUGUGGAUCAAUGAGAGUUUUCUUUUCUGAAGUUUUGAAAUAAACUGAUGCAUGUGCAGAAAUACCGAAAUUGAAACAGCAGGUUAAAUUUUAGUCCAUGCAGGGUUAGCGCUAAUUCAGCUUUGAACAGCCGGCCCCUGAAUGUUUAAUCAGUGCCUGUAUUGGUUUUUAAGGAUUUGCGAAGCCAAAUCCUUUAUGUCAUCGG